AUGAGAGCCCUAUCUCUUCUCUUUGCCCUGCUCUGUUUCCUGGCCCUAUCCUCUGCCUCUCCGGGCAAGGAUAUGGCCAAGCGAAUCACCAGCGGCUCGCUUCAGCAAGUGACUAGCUUCGGAUCUAAUCCCUCUGGCACGCUCAUGUACAUCUAUGUGCCUAAGAAUCUGGCCACUAAGCCUGGAAUUGUCGUUGCUAUUCACUACUGCACCGGAACCGCACAAGCAUACUACACAGGCUCUCCCUACGCACAGCUGGCUGAGCAGUAUGGCUUCAUCGUCAUCUACCCUCAGAGUCCCUAUAGCGGUACCUGCUGGGACGUUAGCUCCCAAUCAGCCCUAACCCAUAAUGGCGGCGGCGACAGCAAUUCGAUCGCCAACAUGGUUACCUGGACCAUCAGCCAAUACAACGCCGAUACCAGCAAGGUGUUCGUGACCGGGUCCAGCUCUGGUGCCAUGAUGACGAACGUUAUGGCCGCGACAUACCCCGAACUCUUCGCCGCCGCAACAGUCUACUCUGGCGUCUCCGCCGGCUGCUUCUACUCCUCCUCCAACCAAGUCGACGCCUGGAACAGCAGCUGCGCACAGGGCAAUGUCAUCAGCACCCCAGAGGUCUGGGGCGGCAUCGCCAAAGCAAUGUACUCGGGGUAUACCGGCUCGCGUCCUCGCAUGCAGAUCUACCACGGCAGCGUAGACACGACUCUCUACCCGCAGAACUACUACGAAACCUGCAAGCAGUGGGCUGGUGUGUUCGGGUACAAUUACAACUCUCCCCAGUCCACCGAGAGCAACACCCCGCAGGCAAACUACCAGACUACCAACUGGGGUCCCAAUCUGCAGGGGAUCUUUGCAACCGGCGUCGGCCAUACGGUUCCCAUCCACGGGACGCAGGACAUGGAGUGGUUUGGGUUUGCGGGCGGGUCCUCGUCAUCGACUACGACCACGGCUACUACGACGAGCACGACGACGUCGUCUGGAAGUUCGUCGACUAGCACUGGCGUUGCGGCGCACUGGGGUCAGUGUGGAGGGAGUGGAUGGACGGGCCCAACAGUGUGUGCGAGCGGGUAUACCUGCACGGUGAUUAAUGCGUGGUAUUCCCAGUGUUUGUAG